CCAACAUAUCUCUCCCGCCAUAAACCAUCGCUCUUCAAACAGACAAUCCGAAUUUCGUUUCGAUUUAUCUUGAUUUCAACAUCAGAAUCGAUCGCAGCAAGAAUGUCGAUCGUACCAAUCCUCUUUGGUGGCCGAAGAAGCAGCAGCGUUUUCGAUCCCUUCUCUCUCGACUUUUGGGACCCCUUCCAGGAUUUUCCUUUUCCCUCUUCACUUUCAACUUGUCGGGACAAUUCUCGUUUCGUCAAUCCCAGAAUCGACUGGAAGGAGACCCCAGAAGCACACGUGUUGAAGGCGGAUCUUCCGGGACUCAAGAAGGAGGAAGUGAAAGUUGAGAUUGAGAAUAAUAGAGUUCUUCAAAUUACUGGAGAAAGGAAUCAUGUUGAGAAGGAAGACAAGAACGACAAGUGGCAUAGAGUGGAGCGGAGCAGCGGGAAGUUCGUGAGGAAAUUCAGGCUGCCGGAGAAUGUGAAAAUGGAGCAGGUGAACGCGGCCAUGGAGAAUGGGGUUCUUACUGUUACCAUUCCAAAGGAGAAGGACUUGGAGAAGGCUGAUCAUGUUAAAAAUAUUGAAAUUUCUGACUGAAGAUAUUAUAUUAAUUGUCUGUGAUGUAUUUUUUGUA